CGUCCAGUGUGGCAAAGCGAAGGAUCCUAAGAAGCUUGUGGGGGCCUAGGAAAAGGGAAGAAUGCCCUGGAAUGGGUGAACCCUGAGAGGGAUCCUAGAGGGGGCUUGUGUCUUGCAAAGCACUGUUGUUCCUACAACAUCUGUUUAUAGGUGUUGGACUCACCAAGAAAGACUUGACUCACAGAGGCCCUGGAUGGAACAAUGCUUUACCUACGUGGAGAAGAGCCUUAAAGGAUGGCCUCCUCAGAUCUGGAACAAAUAUGCUCUUAUAUUAAUGAAAAGAUUGGCAAUAUUAAAAAAUUUCUGUCUUUAAGGAACUGUGGUCAAGAACCUACCUUGAAGACUAUAUUAAAUAAAAUAGGAGAUGAGAUCAUGGUAGUAAAUGAACUUCUAAAUAAAUUGGAAUUGGAAAUUCAAUAUCAAGAACAAACUACUAAGUCACUCAAGGAACUCCAUGAAUCUCUUGAAGAAGAUUAUAAAGAUGUGGAGCAUCUCAAAGAAAACAUUCCUCCCCAUUUGCCUCAAGUAACAGUAACCCAGAAUGUUGUUAAAGGAUCAGAUCUUGACCCUGAAGAACCUGUCAAAGUUGAGGAACCUGGAGCCACAAAGAAGCCCCCCAAAGAGCAAAGACAUAUUAAAGAAAUGCCAUUUAUAACUUCUGAGGAGUUUAAUGGAAUUCCUGCGUACAUGAAAUCCCGCUUAACCUAUUGUCAAAUUAAUGAUGUUAUUAAAGAAAUCAACAAAGCAGUAGUUAGUAAAUAUAAGAUUCUACAUCAACCAAAAAAGUCUACUAUGAGUACUGCGGUCAGAAAUCUCUAUCACAGAUUCACUGAUGAAGAAACAAAGGACACCAAAGGUCAUUAUUUUAUAGUGGAAGCUGACAUAAAGGAGUUCACAGCUUUGAAAGUUGACAAGAGGUUUCAUGUCAUACUGAAUAUCUUACGACACUGCCGGAGGCUGUCCGAGGUUCGAGGGGGAGGACUCACCCGAUAUGUUAUAACCUGAGGCCCUGUGAGCUUUUGAACCAGCCAGCAGUUGG